AUGGCAUUCGCACCGUGUUUAUGCAGUACACCAAAAUUCGUUCCUGUUAUCAACCAACCAUCACAUUUCGUUCUAGCAGCACCUGUGAGAUUGAAAUUUGAAAGUCAGCGGCAACCAACGAAUCCAUCGUCUUGUCGUCCAUUAAAAAAAUGUCAUCGUUAUCAUUCGAAACAAUCCAAUGCUAGUAUAGCUAUCAAUCGACAACAUCACUUUGAUAAUGACACAACAAUUCAUAAUAAUCAACAGCUUACUUUCUUCUGUCUACCUUUUAAUCUCAAACGAAGGCUACGACGGCGACGACAUGGACCGUGUUAUGUCUGA